AUGGGUGAUUUCAAUUUGAAUUUAACUAACUUUCAACAUCACCAAAACACUGGCGAAUUCCUUGAUGGCUUGCACUCGUAUAUGUUUUUUGCCAUGAUAACACGUGCCACCCGAAUAACUUCUCACACCGUAACAUUGCUAGAUAACAGUUUUGCAAACACAUUUUUUUAUCACUCGAGAAGUUGUUUAUUGAUUACCGAUAUCUCUGAUCACUUACCUGUUUUUUCGAUUCAUUCAAAUAAUGACUCUUCCAACAGCCACGCUCAUGACCCUGUGGUCAUUCGAGACAAUAAUAAAGAAAACUUAGCGAGUUUUCUCGAAAUGCUAAAAGAAAUUACCUGGUCCUCCCUUGAUGGUUAUCAUGACCCCAAAAACGUUAAUAGUAUUCUGAAAGUUAUAAUGUGUGCUUCCCUAUAA